ACAAAACUAAAUAAAUUAUUUUACCGAUAUGAGUUUGAUUGCGCGUAGUUUAUAUCGUUGCAAAAAGUGUCUCAAUUUACAGCCAAAAUCUUACAUAAGUUCCCGAUUCGCAUCUCAAACAGCCAACAGUACUGAAGACUCCCAAAGCACUGAAAAGGAUCAAGACGCUAAAUGGGGCCGCCGCUACAUAUCAGGCCUGCAGCCGACGGGCGCCCUGCAUGUGGGGAACUACUUCGCGGUGGUGAAGCCCUGCGUCAAGCUGCAGGAGAAGAAAGAGGACCUGAUGGUCUUCAUUGCUGAUAUGCACACACUCACUACACAACAGGAUGGUCAACUCCUAAGCGACAAUGUACUAGAAGCAGCAACAAUCCUGCUAGCGGCCGGGCUGGACCCGGAACAGACCACCCUGUGGGUGCAGUCGGCCGUCCCGCGGCACGCAGAGUUGUGCUGGCUGCUCACCUGCCUGGCCACACAGGCUCGGCUGCACCACUUGCCACAGUACAAGGAGAGGGUUGCUGCUGGCGGCGCAGACAUAACAGCGGGCUCGCUCCUCUACCCCGUCCUGCAAGCGGCUGACAUCCUGCUGUACCGAGCUCGCCUCGUGCCCGCCGGCGCCGACCAGUUACAACACGUGCAGCUGAGCGCGCUGUUAGCCAGGACUGCUAACCACCGCCUCGGGGCGCACUUGUUCCCCGCACCUGUGGCUGUACUACCGGAGGACGGCAGCGAUCGCAUCAGAAGCCUGCGGGACCCGACCAAGAAGAUGUCCAAGUCUGAGCCGAACGAGAAGUCCCGGAUCCUGCUCACCGACUCUGAUGAGCAGAUCCACCUCAAGAUACGGAAGGCGGUCACCGACUUCACACCACAGGUGACGUACUCCCCGGACGCCCGGCCCGGCGUGUCGAACCUGGUGCGGCUGCACUGCCUCGCGGCCGACAUGCUGCCCGAGGAGGCCGUCGCCGAGUGUGACCACCUCACCACCGCCGACUACAAAAAGGUGGUAGCCGCAGCGCUAUGCGAGGAGCUGGCUCCAGUCCGCGAGCGCGCCGCGCAACUCCGCGCGCGCCCCGCGUUCGUCCGCGAAGUGUUACGCGACGGGGCGGCGCGCGCGCGGCGCAUCGCCGAUGAUACGUGGGAGGAAGUCGCCAGUGCGGCCGGGUUGGAUGUGGCGAAGCCGGAUCUGGUUAGAGAGCUGCGUACUAGGAUUUAAAGAGUACUAAGACAUUAACGUUCUCACCUGGCAGCCACCUGGAAGGCCUAAAAGAGGCCGCCCAAAAACCAACCUGGCGACGUUCUGUGGAGAGUGAGGCAAAGGUUGUGGGGACGGAGUGGGAAGAUCUCGCAGCCGCUGCCCAAGAUCGAGUUGGAUGGAGAAAUCUUCUCAAAGCCCUUUGUCGCUGCUAAGGGAUGUCAGGAUGGGUGUGUGUAAGACACUAAUGCAAAAUAAGGUGUUAUGUAUUUAGACGUGUUAGAGAAAUGACGAGUGCAAUGAAUGUCAAAGUGAAUUUUGGAGUACACAGUGUAUGUUUGUACAAAUGCUGAGCAGCUAAGUCAAAUAUAGAGAAUAUUGUGGAAAGCUAAGCAACUGUUGUUUAUCUUUUUACUGAAUCACUUGAUUUAUUUGCAAAGCAGUGGUGUUAAUUUAUCAAUGUAAAUAAAAAUAUUUUUAUUAUGUUAUAGUAGGUAUAAACUUAAGUUGUUAUAAUAAAAUCAUGAAAAUAA